GAAAGACUCCUGUUGGCUCUCAUUGCCAAUCUCCCCAAGGACAGAGCUAUGAAAGCGCACAUAAAAAGCCUUGGCAAGCCUGCCAGAGAAUGGGGGGCAGCCUCUGAGAAGACAAAACGAUGGCUUAGUGCGUUUUUUUUUUUUUCUUUGCACAGAGACGAUAGUGAAAACGAGGAGAAGAACAAGAGCAGAUAAACCUGUUGCCUCCUCCAGUUGCCAAGGGCUACCUGUUGCUAAUAAAUGUCUACAUGUGUGUGCUUAUUGUCUGGAGACAGAUAAAGAACGCAGCGGCUAAUGUGCUGAGGGAGACUUGGCUCAUCUACAAGCACACCAAGCUGAUGAAGAAGAUCGACCACUCCAGGGUCCGCAAACACCAGCGGAAGUUCCUGCAGGCCAUACAUCAAUUACGCAGCGUCAAAAUGGAGCAGAGGAAACUCAGUGAUCAGGCCAACACACUAGUGGACCUCUCCAAGAUGCAGAGCGUCAUGUACGAGCUCAUGUCAGAGCUCAACGACCGCAGCGAGGACUUGGAGCGACAGAUGCUGUCCCUGGAGCAGCGGGUGGAGCAGCUCACAGCGGGCUUCAACGCCCUGCCUGCACACCUCUCUGCAACCCUCAGCGCCCAGCACGCCGCCCUGGUUCACCUGCUCCGAGAGAGGGACGCACGGGACGGCAGAGUGGGAGGAACAGGAAGCGGCGGCGCUGUGGUUCCCCUGUCUCCAACUGCCUCCCUAACCACCGCACCGGUUCCUGCCUCCCCAGUUCAGGUUGCAGCUCCUCCAUCAACCUUAGCACAGAUUUCCAGUUUAUCCCUGGAGACCCCGCUGUCGCCCCCACCUGCGAGCCCAGAGGGGAGCCUGGAGGCUAGUCCCAACCCCAAUACGUGCAGCUCAAGCUGCUGAAAACCGCUCCGACGAGCAGACGGGGACAAACGUGGACGCAAGACGCGGAGAAGGAAAAGACGGGGAGGCUCUGAUGGUCCUCUCACAUCAGACUAAAGGAGAAAAAUGACGGCAGAGGAGAUACAUUUUUGGAGAUCCUCUGAAUAUUUUUGCUCCGAGAUAGCAGGAUGAAGAGGAACAGUAAUGGGACUAAGACGGAGGGCCAGUUUGAGAAAUGAGACACGUUCAGGACUUUUCUUGACGAUGGAAGGAAGAGAAAAAUGGAGACUCUUAAAGGUGUGAGGGGGAGGGAGGAUGUCACGAGGGUGAGAAAUGGAGGUAAAGAGAAUGAGGAGGUGGGGGUGGAGGGGGAGGGCAGAAGGGAAGAAAUAACCAAGAAUAAUUAUAUGAACUUCUAAAUGGAAUCCACUCCAAUUACGGCAAAGGGCCUUUUAUUCUCUCUAUCUCCUCCUCUGCCUUUUUUAUUUCUCUUCUCCGAAUUUCCCACUCCCUUCAUCAGGAAUAAUGACCAUGACUUUUUAUCUUUAUGAUGUAUUUUCUAUCUGAAUGCUUAUCAUGUGUUAACAAGCAUCCCUUUAACAGAAGGUCCGAUCAAUACGACCAUAAUAUUAAAAAAAAAAAAACCUAGCAGAAUGCACCACACACAUAUACACACGAUACAAGGUAACACAGCACAGACAGAUUUACACAAUGUCUCAUAAUGCACUACUAGCCCAUGAUAAUACUAAAGCCUAUACUGCCAAGCACCCAAUGCACUGUUUAUCUCCAUAGAUCACUGCCAAGCAAUGUAGGCACAGCAAAAGGGAGAAAAAUGUUCAUGGAAACCGAUUCAUCUUCUGUGGGUAUGAGAGCGCGCAGCAGGUUAGACUUACUACACGCACAGUCGUGGCUUUUAACUGCUCGGCUGGGAGAAUUGCAACCGGUCACUGAGCCGCACGAAUUUACAGGCGAGGCUGAAGUGAACGGAUAGAGACGCGAGUCAUCAUGGCGUCUAUUUGUGAUGCUUGAGACAGUGGCAGAUGGUGAAAUGAGAUAAAAUAACUACAACAGGGCUUCAUCACCGCACUCACCGGAGUGCAUGGUGAGCGAGACAUUUAGCGUUUAGGAGUAAUUGUAGGCUUGCCGUCCUAAAAUGAGACUGUUCACUCAUUUACUAUGUGGUGCACUAUAUAUAAAGUCUGCCAUGGUGCUGUGGUGUUUCAAAGGUUUUUCUAACACAAUAUCGACAUUUUUUCCCCUCGACCAGCCUGCUCUGUUGGCAAAGGUUCCUCUGUUGUCGAGCUUAAGCCCCAUUAAUUUCUACGAACUGCUUUGUUAUUCACAGUUUGCCAAAGACAGUUUCUACUCAGUUUCCAAAACGUUAAACCAGAAGACUAAAAAUUGAGUGCUGGUCAUUUUGCCCCUUCUGCCAUUUCAUAACUUUGCGGUUUUGGUUGUUUUUGUACCUGACGGGUACAAAUGGUGCCAUGCACCAGCGCAUUUCAUACCCAUGUUUCAUAUUCACUUUGACAACGAGAAACCGAAAGCCAUUGUCCAAAUUUUCUUCACAGUCCGUCGCUUUGUCCUCUCCGUAGUGAACACAAGGUAGUGACUGAGUGAACAUUUGUAACACGAUUGUUUUUUGUAGACAAGCCACAGACAAGAGAAGAUUAAUAAUGAGUUUUAACAAGUGCAUUAAUUUUUCUGAUUGUCGUUGGAAGAAGGAGCCAAAUCUUUAUUGAAUCAGAAUUUAAACCAGUUAUUUUUACGUGUAGUUGAUUUAUUUACUGGUGCCAGAUCUCGUUUUAAUAAUUUAGCUUCCAGUUCUUACGCCAACUAGGAAUUAUUACUUUAUUUUCCCAAACCAAAUGAGACACUGGAGUGCAUUUUGUUUAUUUUCUUCAUUUUUUAUAAUCUAGAAAAACAUACCUAGAGUUAUCUAAAUGUUGCCUUUACAUUGACAAUUGUGUUCACUUGUACCAAUGCAAAACUGAUUUAUCUAUAUAAUUCUAAGUUGGCAUCUUUAUAGUAAUUAGUAAUAAGUAAUCUGUCCAUGAUUGUCCAUUCUUUUUUUUUUUUUUUUCCGGGUAC